AUGGUUGCGAGCAUUCUAGUUGUCAAACCGGUUGAUCAACUCUUGAUCGAGGCAUAUUUCGAAUCAAUGUCGAUCCUCACAACUCACAUAAACGUGAAGUUCGGCCCCGCGUUCAAGAGAGUUGUCACCAAUAAACAAUCACUUAUUGCAGCCGGGUCUGCGGCCUUGGCUGUUGAUCUUUCACGGCAAUGGGCCAUUGGCAAACUGAGAAAUGAGAAAACAUUCAAUCAUUGGUUCACCAACUAUUAUUGCCUGGCCCACGCAGCCCAUCUACCGUCAGUGCGGAAAGUCACAGUUCUGAUGUUGCCAUAA